CUGGCGGGCGGCAGUCGCACCAUGAGCGCUGAGUGCAGCAGCUACCUCAACACUGACAAGGUGCUGGUGAGCGCCUUCACCUGCCCGCCGACGGGCGGCGACGCCCGCGCCGUCUACUGCUGCGGCUUCCAGGACGUCAAGUACUGCUGCGAUGACCCCCACAGCUUCUUCCCUUACGAGCACAGCUACAUGUGGUGGCUCAGUGUUGGAGCACUGGUGGGCCUGUCGAUAGCAGCAGUGGUCCUCUUCGCCUUCAUCAUCACUGUCUGCGUUCUCUGCUAUUUGUUCAUCAGCACGAAGCCACGCAGCAAACUGGAUACUGGCUUGAGCUUACAGAUGACAGACAGUGAGACCAGAGGCAGUUCAGUAUGUUAAAAACCAGAGGGACUGGAUGGAUUCUACCAAUGCUGUGAUGAAAAUAGAUAGAGCUGCAUCCUUCAUGAGGCCCUCACUGAAGCAGGCUGUUGACAGAGCUUCAAGACAUUUCCUGAGCCACCAGGAUGGACACUGACUGUGAGCCGCUGGAACCUGACACACUUCUCCAGAGGUGGUUCCUGGC